AUGAGUUCAUCUGACGAUGAUAAUCCAUUUGCUGCAUUAAUGUCAAGCUCAGAUUACGAGGGAGGUGAGGAAGAUGACGAAGGCGAGGAGAAAAAGGAAAUUUAUAUUCCUCCAGCCCCAGUAAUUCAGAAUACUCCACCACCACCUCCUUCGAAACCAAAACAAGAUGAGCCAAAAGAGAAAGACAUUGAUGCUGAAUUUAUGGAACUUAUGCAACAACAGAAGAAGAGAGAAACACAUAAUGCACCAAAGCGCGAAAUAAACGAUCGUUUGAAAUUCAAUGUGGCACAAGAGCUUAUAGAUCGAUACGAUGAGCAAGCAUUCGCAGAUGCCGCAAAAAUUCCAAAAAGUGCUCCUUAUAACAAAUUUAUCAACAGAAGACGUGAGUGGCCAAGCGUUGUUUCUUCAUCAUACAGAGUCAGAGAACUCCCUGGAGAUAAAUUUGAGGUCACAUUUACUGAAUACGGCUUGUCUUGCAAGAAACAAUUUGCAAAACUCGAAGAACUCAGAGUACAAGGAUCAAUCAUCCAAGAUGCCUUACAAAUACUUCCAAUCGAGCCAUUCUGCCCUCAAUUACUCUAUCCAGCAUGCAAUGUUGCCUUAUUCCAACGUGAAUUUAAUGUUGCAACAGAUUUAGCUCUCAGAUUAACUUGGAUCCUUCAGCAAACACUACCUACCAACUUUAAACCUACAAAAACUAUCUUUGUCGGUGAAGCUGCAGGUGCAUUCCAAAAUCUCGCUGCUUACAUUGCUACAUUCUGUUUCAGAAGAGGCUGCUACAAUACAUCAGCCGCAUUAUGGAAGUUCUGCAUGGAAAACUUCAUGGAUGACCAAUGCGCGGCUGGAAUUGCAGCAGCAGUUCCAAACUUGUUCGCAGGAGACAUUAAUUUCAUAGAAAGAGUAUAUAAAUCAAACAGAAAGGUCUUCAAUGUCCCAAUACAAUUGAUUCCUGAUUGGUCAGUCUGUUUGUCACUUUUAGAAAAAAGUGACGAUAGAUUAAAAGAAAAUUUGAGCAUUUGGAGGCAUUGUUUGCUUGGCGAAGACCUUCCUGAGAACACACCUGAUAAACUUGGUAGUGUAGAGAUGCUUCUCAAGAAGAGAUUGGAUCCUUAUCUCAAAAGAGAUGAAGUUGCAGAAAGAAUUAAUAAACUGUCAAAAGAAGUCGAAAAAGGUGACAGACAAAAACUUGUUUUAGGAUAUGCUGCUUUCCAGGGAGAUAUUCCUGUCUUCCAGAUCUUAGAAGAAGCAGCAAUGCCUGUUGGAUCUUGA